AUGGGUCUGCUGAGUUCUAAAAGCCCUAAAGCCAAGCAAGCCCAGAUUCUUCUUCUGGGACUUGACGCCGCGGGAAAGACUACGCUCCUUUACAAACUAAAGUUUGCUGAAGAUGUUGUGACCAUCCCGACAAUUGGUUUCAACGUGGAGACGCUCCAGUUGGGAAGGGGUGUGUCGCUCACAGUCUGGGAUGUUGGCGGGCAGGAGACAAUGAGGACUGCCUGGGGCUGUUACUGCGAGAACGCGGACGGGCUGCUGUACGUGGUGGACAGUACUGACCGGCAGCGACUGGAGCACUCUCGGAGAGAGUUGGAGCACAUUUUAAAGAAUGAACACAUUAAAAGGGUGCCUGUUGUCCUACUGGCCAACAAGCAGGACUUGCCUGGAGCUCUGAGCGCCAGGGACAUCACCAGGAAGUUCAGGGUGAAGAACUUGUGCAGUGACCGGAGCUGGUUCGUGCAGCCCUGCUGUGCUGUCACCGGGGACGGGCUGGCUGAGGGGUUCAGGCAACUGACUGCGUCUGUGAAAAGCCACAGGAAGUCAAGAGGAGACACUUGCGCGUUCUUCAAGCAGAACUGA